AUGAUUUCGCGGCUCAUGGGCAAGGAAGGAGUCGAGGAGAUCGACGGCCUCCACUUCGGGAAGUUUGACCUCGGAUUCGCGGUCGACGUGCUAGAGUAUGUCUACGAGCAAGAGCUUCGCAGGAGGUGAGUGUUGUACGUGUCCCACACGCCCGCUCACUACGGCAUGCAGUGCCUGCCGCCUUCAAGCUACAGCCACAGAGAUAGAAUAGACCAAGUUCAAAUAAUGAACCUAACGAUGGGUCGUAUGCGGUCCCACCUGCUCUUCUCAGCAGAUAUAAUAGAGAAGGAGUUUUUUUACCAAGUCAAGGUCAUCCAAUCUGGCCAUGCAUGUGGUGCCCCCCCCUCCCCCUCGU